AAAAAAAGAGCAUUUAUAUUCACAAAUUUACAUACCAGUGACUGUGACGGCUCUUCUUCUCUGAUUACCUUUGUCACUACGUUCCAGUCCAGGGCUCCUUUAAAAUUAGAUUCUCAUCUCACAACAAGGUCCAGAAGAGAGUCAUUGAAGACGCUCGGAGUCACGACAGAGGAAGGGGAAAGUGAGAAGUAUCACGACAACCAGAGAUCUCAGGCUUGGCGGCUACAUGCUCAGUUCUCUUUGCUUUUGAGAAGAACAACUAUACAAAUCAGCAGCAACCAUGGAUUUUGUAAUGAAACAAGCUUUAGGUGGGGCCACCAAAGACAUGGGUAAGAUGUUGGGUGGUGAGGAGGAGAAGGACCCGGAUGCAGCCAAGAAGGAGGAGGAGCGGCAGGAGGCACUGCGGCAGCAGGAGGAGGAGAGGAAGGCCAAACACGCCCGCAUGGAGGCUGAGAGGGAAAAAGUACGGCAGACUAUCAGGGACAAGUAUGGGCUGAAGAAGAAGGAGGAGAAGGAAGCGGAGGAGAAAGCGGCCAUGGAGCAGGCCUGUGAGGGGUCACUGACACGCCCCAAGAAGGCGAUCCCACGGGGUUGCGGAGAUGAUGAGGAAGAGGAUGAGGAGAGCAUCCUCGACACUGUCCUCAAGUUUCUGCCAGGACCCCUACAGGACAUGUUCAAGAAGUAAAAAAACAACAAAACAAAUCAAACGAACCCUAAAUUCAGGGUCCAGUCUGGCGUGGGCUAGGCUGCAGGGCAAAGGGAGGCAGGGAUCUUUGUGUCUGGGACUGGAAAGGGUUAAGAGAAGGGUUGCAGGUUAAGGGAAAAGAGAGACUGGGAGAUUGGUUCGGGGAUUUUCUGAGCAGGCAUGGCUUGAGUGUAGAUUUGUCGACGGAUUUGGGAGGGGGGUUCUUGCCAAACUGUUAGAGGCUACACACUGCCUUUCUACAAAUCUUUUACUUUGGUCUUUUCUACUCCUCGACGAUUGCGUCAUUCUUCCCCCCUUUAUUUGCCUAAAUCGCUGUACAACCUUUCCACUGCCACUUAGCACAUUUCUUACAAUUAGUAUGUAUUUCGUCCGUUUCUUGUUGUUAUUUUUACACAGAUUAAAUCAGACAUUUUGAUUGGUUGGCCAUUAUCUGUUGCCAGGCAAUGGUGACCAAUUGAGAGGAGUAUUCCCUUAAAGAAGGGCAGUGGACGCUUCUGUCCUCUUGCUUCUGUGGUUUUGCAAAUAGCAUGUUUUCCAGUAGACGGAGCAUGUUGUGAUUAUUCCAGUGGGUGUUUUCUACUUUUAUGAACCUGGUGUAGUUCUUUAUAAUGAAAAAAAAAAAAAAUCAGCAUUUGAGUUUUUAGGACAUGUGCCUUCAUAUCAUAUCCUCCAGCAGAGGUACUGUUAAUGAGGGUUUCAUUUUGUGUCAGACAGGUGUACAGUUGUUUGUAGCAUGUAGGCAAGUAUUCAAGGACACUUUUGGAAUAAUGUAUUUAGAUAUAAAGUUGGCUAGUUGGUAUGUUUUGGGGUUUCCAGAAGAUGUUCAAACUAGGUACUUAUGGAAAUCCCAGACCAAGUUUUGAAGGUCUGACAGUCCAUAAAACUAUUUAAAAACAUAAUUCACUGUUACCUACAACGCUACAAGCUUCCGAAGAACUGUUUGCUGGAGUUUUAUUUCCCUCCUAGUUAGACUGCCAUCAUGCUAGAGAAGUAAAAUUUCAAAUCUUGAACGUGUCGAGAACUCGUGUCAAUACGUGAAUUUUCAAUCACAAGGAUUAAGUAAAAGAUAUUAUUCAGCUCAAGGUAUCAUCCAUGCAAGCAAACACAGACAAAUUUACCUUGUUUGAAUCCCAUUUUGAAAAAUAAAUCACUGCUCUUUUGUCCAGAAAUUACAGAAUUACACAAAGCUCAAACCAAGUCAUCAUGGUUUGAGGUAGUGUGGUCCCCAGAGACAAUCAAAGCAUUGACCACUUGGAAACAGUGGAGGUAGCCGGUACUGUAAAUGUUGUCAUUUCCUGUCACAUCAUCUACCAUUGGUUCAAAGUGGGUUUCCAUUAAGCACUUGAUUAACUGAUUGCUAUUGUGGCUCUUUAUUUUUUUAUUUAUUCCUUCACACAUGAAUGCAAAUGCCAGGUAAUGUCUGGGGUAUUUUUUUUACAUUAUUAUUACUUUCUGUGAAUGUGUUGCCAAUUUAUUUUAAUGCGACCGAAAUUGUGACUCAAUUCACAUUCCAGCUGAGCUAACCUUUCCCCUCAUCUUUUUAUGCAUAAAUUUACCUUGAUCAAAGUUCAUCCACAUCAAGACCAAAGAAAUACUGGUUACCUUACUAUUUCUUUUAUCACCACCGAGACCAAGACGUGCAUGCCGAACCUGGUGCCUAGUCAGCGCGUGCAUGCAUCCCAAAGACCACCGCUAAACUAAAAUGUCUCCUAUUUCUUUGAAAGUUUUCCAUAAAUCAAACUAGGGAGAACUGUUUUUGGAGUUGUUGCAUCUCACUGCCUGAAGAGCUCACUUAGGGCUGAGUAUAUUCUGUAUCCUGUAUCUCUUAAUCCAAUGAAAUAGCACAGUGAUUUGUCACAGAGCAUUUAAGUAGAUGUACUGUAAAUUGAAACUAGCUCAACUUAGUGAAACUACCUUAAUAUAUGGACAUUUGUUGAUAAAAACAAAGCAUGUUGGUUAUUCCUGAAUGCUCAGGUGGCUUUUCAGUGGUUAGUUAUGCGGUGAUGUAUGAUCAAUACAUUGUUCCAUGAGUUUGAAAAUUAAAAUAAGACUUUAAGGAAUAAUAAGACUAAUUAGUUAUCAUAAGCACUAUUAAACAUUUUCAUUCUUUUCAUUUUCUAGCUCAGAUAGGACUUUUCACUAGACAAAGCCAUAUUGUUUAGAUUGCAAUAAUUACUUAAAAUUAUAAAAAGAGAAUACUUCAACAUUGAAAGUCAAGUGUCUCGUGUUUGUUUUCUGUAAAAAAAUUUAAAUAUAUAUAUAUUUCUGUUUGUAAAUCCUCACCGUUCUUGUAUCUUUAAACAUGUAUACUAAUGUAUACGCAAAGUCAAUGUAUGUAGAAAAAAGAAGCCACUGAUAACUGUCUCAGUGUACAUGUGUACUGUAAGUGUGUGUAUGUUUAUAUGUAUGUGUCUUCCUACGUGUCUGUGAUGUGAGACCAUGUCGUUGAUUCAGAUAGUCCUGGUUUAAACUAUGUAAAUGUGUCUUUGAACUAUUUUGUGCACAGGCAGAAGCUAGGGCAGCUCCCUAGUUUUGCCAUAUUUAAAAAAAUAUACUGAACACAUUCCUUUCAAAAAUUGAGCAUGCAAAUGUUUGGUAGAGGAGAGAACACACCAAAUGUCAAAAGACAAAAAAAAUAGACAAUUUCCUGUUUCUGUAGGAGUCUCCAGGCAACAGAAUGUGUGCAUUGGAUCCAGAAAGAUCAGCUGUGCAAUUGGCUUGUUAAGUGUUCGAUGCUAUUUCGUGUCUGAGGUUUGGUGAAGCUCAAGACCGUGAUCACAAAGGAGCUUCAUUCAGCCCAGACACAAAGCUCAUCUGUGAGCGUCACGUAGAAAUUAACUAGCUGUGUCCCAUUCUAUGCUUUAAGUUUGUAGAAUCCAAGGGAGGUUCAAAUCAAGGGCAAGAUGCCUCUUGGAUGAGCUGCGAAACUUCUUCAAGCUUGCAGAAUCAAUUGGUUAAAAUCAUUUUUUGCCCAUAUGUUAAUACUAUAGAGUAUGCAACAUGUAUUUCUCUGUACACCGUACUACUGUAAUUUGGCAAGAAAACAAUAAAACAUUUGAAAACUAAUGCAAGUUUUAAAUUUGAAAACUGAACAACAAAGCAGCACCCGUUUCUAAAGAUUUAAUACCUUCCACGUCUCACAAAGCAAGACAACUUAGUCUGCAAAUGGACAUCUUUGAUUAUGCUUAAUUUUGUCACAUUUCUUGUGUGAAUGUCUGUGAAGAUUCUCAGUCAUCCAGGUCAUAGUUAUCCAGUGAAGGUUAAAAUCAAGGGCAACUGGACUUGGUUGAAGAUACUUGAAGACGUUUAGCUUCUCAUCCAAGAGGCUUCUUCAGAAGAACAAACGUUCUCUUGCUUUGUUAGGUGUUAAAGGUAUUAAAUCUUUAGAAAAGUGUUUUCUUGUUCAGUUUUCAAAUUUAAAACUUGCAUUAGUGUAAAAGUCAUAGGCAGAUAAAUACACAUUGUAUACUUUGUAAUAUAAGUAUAUAGUGUCAAACUAAUUUGCCAGACAAAAUGAUUUUUAACUAGCCGAUUCUCCAAGCUAUCAACAAACUAACUUGCGCUAGCAGGGCUAAAUAUCAUCCUUGUUAUUACGGAAAGACAUCAACACUGAGAUUAAUUGAAAGGCUUUCAAAAGAAAAUGGGGAACGUGCAAUUUAAAAAACAUUGAUGCUGUUACUUAAAUAUUUGUUAGUACUAAAAAGUACUAAAAACUCCAUUUCAUUGUAAAACACAUGUAAAUUUUCAUGUUUCUAUGUAAGAAACCAAUCUGCAGAGAGAUUUAUUUUAAUGCAGUCACUUUUCUCAUCAUCAGAAACUCACCGCCCUUGUUGAAAUAAUGCAUGAGCGUCAGCCACAUAGAUUCAAAAGUGCAGAAAUUAAGAUUUCUUAUAGUGCAGUGUGCUUUCUUUGAGUUAUCUGUGGAGAUUCAUCUUGAUUUAUUUUAUUUAUUACAUUAACACAGGGAUUCCCACAUUCCUCCGGCAACCAAGACUAGUCCAGUUUCACUUACAGUACGUGGAUUAAGUUUAUUCAAGCCUUGUAUCUCCCGGGUGGAUAGGAAAUGGGGACAUAAAUCCUGGACUAGGCUUAAUUCAUGGGCCCUUCAUGGAAAUUACAGCCAUACAUCCUCUGUAUCUAAAGUCUCGAGGCGUCACAGCAUGUGAACUGCCUUUGAAAAGGGCUAUUAUCAUGUCAUCUGUAUGUGAGGUUAGUGGUUAACUCAUCUGUCACAUUUGUGCUUGUCCUAGCGUGAAGUGUUGUUUUAAUUCAUCCUGUUGCAUGAGAUACUUAGGUGUGGAAAACUGUGUUUGUGGAGCCACUGUGGCUUUUCAGUUUAGAUAAAUCCUUGGUUUAAAAGGCAAUAGUGUAAAAGCAAGGUUCUUUCUCUAUGUAGGGGGAUAUAAACAAUAAGGAUUGUUUUACAUGGAAUAUAUAAACUGUAUAUUUUCCUAACACAGAGGUAAAUGUGGGUGAAUGAGAGAGAUGAAAACAGCAAGUGUAGAUUUUGACAUGAAGGGCCUUAGAGACAUUAAACUACAUCAAGUCCUGACUGGCGUUUCUCUAAAACAUCCGCUCAAAGGCUACCAUUACUGGAAAGCUUUUAGGGGAGACUCGCUAAAGAUAUUCCAACACAAAAACUGGAUUAUCAAAGCAACUUCUGUUGUCAGGAGCACAGAAACAUUCAGAGAACUGAGAAACAGGUUUGGCUUGGAACUGCCAUUGAAAACCACAGUUCAUCCUCCCCUUUAAGAAGCAAAUAUAAAUAUAUUAUGAAAUGCAAUGAGGGAUUAAAAGAGAGAGAACAUUUUAGAAAACAAAACUUUCCUUUAAACGUUAUCGUUCAUCCAACUCCAAAAAGCCUGGACUUAAUUUUUCUAAAAACUGUAACAAUGUCAUAAUGAUUGUCUGUUUCGUAACAUUUUUACGUACACUUAGGAAUACUGUUGUAACUGCCCUGCUGAUUCCUGCCAGUAAAUCUACAAGUGAAAGUUUACGUGUCUUGCUUGGUGAAUGUUUUGCCCGAGACGCCACGUUAAGAAGCUCGUCUUAUCACCUUGUUUACAUUCCUUGAGAUUUUGGUGAGCUCUGAGCACAACUGUUACUGUGAAGAGAAACUAUCUGAAUACAUUCCAGUCUUUUUGUCAUUUUCACAAGCAUGUGUUGAAAUGUUACACUAACUAUGGCAUCUAAGGAGUUACCACUCUCAACUACCUGUAUUUUGUUUUACAUCUGCCAGCUCUCUAAAUAGUAAAGUAGAAAGGUAUGAGAUAAAUGUUUCCAACACUGUAGAGACCCCGGUGCAAUUCCUGGCAGCAAUCCCUUUAGUUUGGCCAUUUGUGCCAAUCAUCACAAUUGUCGAUGUUCGCAGGUUUGCUGAUGAUGUGACCUUUUCCUGGUCGCUGCACUAGAUCUCGUCACUGUCCGGUGAAGCAGCUGGAGACCCCAUCUGAAGGGGCUGGAAUUGACAUGGAUUCUAUGGUAAACAGGUGACAACUAAAUUUGAAAAGAAAUAGGGAUACAAAGGGGUCCAAAACUGAAAAAGGGAAUGGAUUUAUGUUCCUACAACUGAAUCAAGAAGGUCUUUCAUUUUUAUUCAGGGUAAAGAUAAUUUCAGGGUGCAGAGAUUAAGAAUGUAAAAUAUGAGUUCUUAUGCUACUUUGUCCUUAAUUGCAUGUCAAAUACUCCAUGUGGAGCCCAAUCACUGUAAAACUGUCUCAUCAAUGGAACUGAAUCAUUCUUUUUGGAGGUUAAAUGCAUAACACUAAUAAAAAAAAAAAGAUUUAUAAAAAGC